CACGAGGCCUGCGCAGCGGCCAGCGCCGACUGCGUGCGCCUGCUGCUCAGCUUUGGUGCUGACCCUGAGGCUGUCUCUGAGGAUGGCUACAAGCCCCUGCAUCUCUGCAAGAGCCCGGACUCCAUCGAGUGUGCCCAGCAGCUGCUGCAGCAUGGUGCCAGCGUGAACAGUCGGACAGAGGACGAAGACGACACAGCACUGCAUGUAGCAGCACGGCAUGGCCUAACAGACCACGUCCAGCUGCUUCUGCGCUAUGGGGCAGAGCUGGAGGCAAAGAAUGAGGAGGGGCAGACGCCACUGAAUGCUGCCUGUGCUCAGCCCCAUCAGCCCCAGGACAUGGACCGCUACUACCGGGUCUGCCAGCUGCUGGUGGAGCGCGGUGCUAGCAUCAAUGCUGCGGACAGGGACCGUCAGCACCCACUGCACCUGGCCUGCAAGAAUGCCAAUGCUCAAGUAGCAGAGUUACUGCUGGCCCGGGGUGCAAAUGUCAACGUUAUGAACUACAGCGGCAACACGGCGCUGCACAAUAUCCUGCAAGCAACUGCCUACAAGCUAGAGCACCAUCCCGAGCUCGUGGUGCGAGCCCUGCUCAACUACGGGGCCAUCCGCAUCUGGCCUGGCUCCCUCCUCAAGGUGCUGCGGUACUGCCAUACCUGCCCGCGCGCCAUCGAGGCCCUGAUGAACAGCUACGAUCGCGUGCGCGUCUCUGAGGACUGGGUGGAAGCGGUUCCAGCGGAGGUCAUACAGAAAUACCCACGUUUCUACCAGUCACUUUUCUCCCUGGCGCAAAGACCUCGCUCCUUGCAGCACCUGGCCCGCUGCACGCUCAGGACCUUCCUGGAGGGCCGGUUGCUCCAGGUCCUGUCUCAGCUGCACCUGCCGAGUGCCUUGCACCGUUUCCUGCUGCUCAGCUUUGAGGACGUUCUCUACUAA